AUGACUACGAAGUCCCAGGGCGGUCCGCUGUGCGGACGCUUGGCCGUGGUGACCGGGGGCGGAGGAGUGAUCGGCAAGGCAAUUUGCAAUGUCUUAGCUGAGAAAGCUGCUCAAGUCAUCGUCGCUGACAUCAACUUGGCUACGGCUGAGGAAGUCUGUAAUGCUCUUCCAGCUGCGAGCGAUAGUGUGAAGCACGUUGCGAUGCAAGUUGAUAUCUCUGACUCAUCAUCAGUGCAGACGCUUUUCGCGUCAAUUAAGGAUGUCUACAGUAAACCUGCCAGCAUUCUUGUGAAUUGUGCCGGCACAUUUGCCCUCAGCGCCUCGAUUGUCGAUACAAGUGAAAAUACCUUUGAUCGAGUCAUCAGCAUCAACCUCAAAGGAACCUUCCUGAUGACCAAAGCCGCUGUUCAAGACAUGCUGGCCGGAGGGGUAACUGAAGGAGUCGUGGUCAACGUCUCCAGUCUUGUCGCCAAAACGGGCUGGAAAGGAGUUUGCAGCUAUGCAGCCUCCAAGGCCGGUGUUAUUGGCCUUACCAAAACAGCAGCCUUGGAUCUUGCCGACAAAGGAAUUCGGUGCAACGCUGUUCUUCCGGGAUUAACCGAAACUCCAGAUCAAAGGUUCUUGACAGAAGAGCAGAAGCAGGACAUUUCGUCCCGGGUUCCACUCGGUCGCCUCGCCCAGCCGACUGAGGUCGCUGACUUGGUCGUCUUUCUGUGCUCGCCUGAGAGCUCAUACAUGACUGGCACCGUGGUUGAAGUGACUGGCGGCAGUGCUUUGUGAUUAGGGCUCCAAAAGCUGUACUGCUCCUGUGGAAAAUCUAAUUACAAAGGAAAAGUAUUUUUUUAGGUAUUUCCGUUACAUUCUAUUUUAGAAA